UUGGAUAGUCACCUCAGCUUUUACAGUUCCCCGAAAAGCCCUUGACAAACUCGUAUAUUACAUGAACCCAACAAACAAAUACUAUGAAAGGGAGAAAAAAAUAAAAAUUCAAUCUUUGUUGCUUCAACAACAUUUCUUAUCCCCACCGUUUCGAUUACUUCUUCGAUCAUUCGUUCGGGUUAAAUAAAACAUUCAUCUUUUUUUAGUUGGAAACCCAUAAUUCAUUGUCGGUUUCGUGUCAAUCUGUCCGAAUCCCAUAAAUACUUCAAUCCGAUCUCAAUUCGGUUUUGAAGUAUGCAGAGAAGUAGACGCAGGUGCGAGGGUACUAUCAUGGGCUCGAUCGUACUCGAUCUCCGCCCCGGCAUCGGCAUCGGCCCUUUCUCUCUCGGGAUGCCGAUAUGCGAAGCCUUUGCACAGAUAGAGCAGCAGCAUAAUGUUUAUGACGUUGUUCAUGUCAAGUACUAUGACGAGGAGCCUCUGAAGCUUGACAUCGUUAUUAGCUUUCCUGACCAUGGAUUUCAUCUUAGGUUUGAUCCUUGGUCUCAGAGGUUGCGCCUUAUUGAAAUUUAUGAUGUCAAACGGCUUCAGAUGCGUUAUGCCACUUCCUUGAUCGGGGGACCAUCUACUCUAGCCACUUUUGUAGCUGUCUAUGCUCUUUUCGGGCCCACAUAUCCCGGCAUUUAUGACAAAGAAAGGGGCGUUUACACUCUAUUUUACCCAGGUUUAUCCUUCGCUUUCCCAAUUCCCCCACAAUAUGCUGAAUGCUGUCACAAACGAGAAGCCGAACUGCCGUUAGAAUUUCCAGACGGAACAACUCCAGUUACUUGUCGUGUCUCGAUAUACGACUCUUCUACAGACACUAAGGUUGGUGUAGGAUCUUCAAUGGCUAAGGCAAUUGUACCUCCUUUGCCCGAUAAGAGCCUCUACAUGGAACAAGUGCAAGUCACGUUAGGGGAAGAAUUAUGGUUUACUGUCGGUGGCCAGCAUAUUCCUUUUGGUGCAUCACCACAGGAUGUAUGGACUGAACUAGGACGCCCCUGUGGAAUUCACCAAAAACAGGUGGACCAAAUGGUAAUCCAUUCAGCUUCGGAUCCUAGGCCAAGAACAACCCUCUGUGGGGAUUACUUCUACAAUUAUUUCACCCAUGGCUUAGAUAUUUUAUUCGAUUGGCAGACUCAUAAAGUAAAGAAGUUUGUUCUGCAUACCAACUAUCCCGGGCAUCCAGAUUUUAACUCAUACAUGAAGUGCAACUUUGUUAUAUAUAGUUCUGAUUUUGGUGAGACAAUGCAUCAGGAUGUGAAUACCUCUAAAUAUGGCAUUACCCCUAGCACAAAGUGGGAACAAGUCAAGGAAAUUCUUGGUGAUUGCGGUCGAGCUGCUAUUCAAACACAAGGCUCUACAAGCAACCCUUUUGGAUCUACAUUCGUAUAUGGUUAUCCAAAUGUUGCCUUUGAGGUGAUGAAGAAUGGAUACAUUGCAACUGUAACUCUUUUCCAGUCUUAGUAUUCUACAGACAGGAGCAGAGGGCAACUUGUACAAAGACAAACGGUUGGAACAUAGUAAUGUUAUGGCAUUGCACAAAGGUGGGAAGUGUUGGAACAUGUACAAUAUGUAAACUUGUUUGUAAAUAACAUCUAAAACAUAUUUAUUUAUUUAUACAUUGCCAAAA